UGAGGUAUUCAGCUCGACUGCGAGUGCCAGUGAGUGGAGUUGUGCCCUUCCAGCUUUCUAGAUGCCCAACGAUGCUGCUGCUGGCGCUAUUGAUCCUCUUGGCUGCGACGCUCCUGGCUUGGAAAUGGCAGGGCAACCACUGGCGUCGCCUGGGCCUGGAGGCGCCCUUUGGCUGGCCACUGGUUGGGAACAUGCUGGACUUUGCCCUGGCACGGCGAUCUUAUGGAGAGGUCUACCAGCACAUCUAUGCUCAGAAUCGGGGCCUGAGAUAUGUGGGCUUCUAUCGCCUGUUUAACGAGCCCGCCAUUCUGGUGCGCGACCAGGAGCUGCUGCGCCGCAUCCUGGUGGGCAGCAACUUUGCCGACUGUGCGGACAACGCCGUUUACGUGGACCAGCAGCGCGAUGUGCUGGCCAGCCACAAUCCCUUCAUCGCCAACGGGCACCGCUGGCGAAUCCUGCGAGCCGACCUGGUGCCGCUCUUCACACCCAGCCGAGUGCGCCAGACCCUGCCGCACGUGGCCAAGGCUUGUCAGUUGCUGCGGGAUCAGCUGCCCCCUGGACGCUGCGAGGCCAAGGACUUGGCCACGCGCUACACGCUGCAAGUGGUGGCCUCCGCGAUCUUCGGCCUGGAUGCCCAGUGCCUGGGCAGGCGCAGGAGGCUGGCGCCACCAAGUCGCUGGCUGGAGUGGCUGGCGCCGCUCUUCCAGCCAAGUGCCUGGAGUCUGCUGGAGACCGUGUCGCUGCUGCACUCGCCUCGCUUGGCUGGACUCAUUGGUCACCGAUACGUACCGCUGCACCUGCAGCAAUGGUUCAGCGAGCUGGUGGCAGCUAGAAGUGCUGGCGACAACCUGCUCCAAUGGCUGGCGGCGAGCAAGAGGGGCUUGGGGCAGCAGGAGCUGGCAGGACAUGCCACCACUCUCCUGCUGGAGGGCUACGAAACCUCGGCGAUGCUACUUGCCUUCGUCCUCUACGAAUUGGCCCGCAAUGAGGAGGCCCAGCAACGUCUGCACAUGGAAUUGGAUGAAGUGGCAAGGCGCCACGCGGGCAAACUGAUAGAGCAAGUGGCUCUGGGUGAACUGCGCUAUGGCGAGGCUGCGCUGUUGGAGGCACUGCGUCUGCACCCGGCCAUGCAGGCGCUGCAGAAGCGCUGUACCAAGUCAUUCACCCUUCCUGCCCAGAAAUCGGGCGCGAGCAGCGUACUCAACGUGGAUGUGGGCACCGUGCUGGUGGUGCCCGUUCAGGCCAUUCAUCUAGAUCCCCAACUGUAUCCGGCACCCCACCAGUUCCGUCCGGAUCGCUUUCUGGACCAGCCGCCAAUGGGCUGCCGCUUUUUGGGUUUCGGCGCCGGACCUCGAAUGUGUCCGGGCAUGCGACUUGGACUGCUGCAGACCAAGGCUGCCCUGGCCACACUCCUGCAGGAGCACUGCGUCCUGCUGGCGGAUGAGGACGAGUGCGGAGUGGAGGUGUCGCCGCGCACUUUCCUCACCGCCAGCAGCAAGGGCAUUUGGCUGCGUUUCCAGAGGAGGACACCUCUAUACUAACGACAUAAUAAAGGGAUUGCUUUUACCGCCAUCAAAGUGGGAGAAAUCAAGA